UCAGAACUCCUCGGACCUGCCCAGUACAUUAUGUCAGCUGUCAAUGACACCAAAUCCAACUCUAUAGUGUUCCUUCUCACUGGCAUACCUGGGCUGAAAGACGUCCAUCUCUGGAUCUCUAUCCCCUUCUUUUUAAUGUAUAUUAUUUCAGUAGUAGGAAAUUCAGUCAUUCUGUUCAUUAUAAAAACAGAUCCAAGCCUCCAUGAGCCCAUGUACAUUUUCCUUUCUAUGUUGUCCAUCACGGACCUUGGCUUAUCCAUAGCCACCAUGCUGACAACACUGGGCACAUUCUUGUUUAACUCUAGGGAGAUCAGCCUCGAUGCUUGUUUCACCCAGCUGUUCUUCAUCCACUCGCUUUCAAAAAUUGAAUCCUCCAUGCUCCUGUUGAUGGCCUUUGACCGCUUCAUCGCGAUCCGUAACCCACUGAGAUAUACCUCCAUCUUAACCCUGCCAAGAAUAGCCAAGAUGGGACUGGUGCUUGUACUAAGAGGGAUGGCUGUAAUACUCCCACACCCCUUUCUCCUGAAACAAUUCCAAUACUGUCGAGCCAAUGUCCUCUCCCAUUCCUACUGCCUGCACCAAGAUGUUAUGAAGAGGGUGGGUUCAGACAUCAGAGUCAACUACAUCUAUGGGUUGUUUCUUACAUUCUUCACGGUGGGGCUGGAUUCACUGCUCAUCUUUCUCUCGUAUGUGAUGAUCCUCAAAACAGUGCUGAGCAUCACAUCCCACAGGGAGUGCCUCAGAGCCCUGAACACCUGCAUCUCCCUCCUCUGUGCCGUCCUGCUCUUCUACACACCAGAGAUUGGCCUUGCUGUGAUACACAGAUUUGGGAAUAGCUCUUCUCACUUGCUUCAGAUUCUCCUGGGCUACGUCUCCCUGCUUGUCCCGCCCCUGAUUAAUCCAAUUGUGUACAGCGUGAAAAGCAAACAUCUUCGUGCCAGGAGAAUCAGGGUGUUCGUCAAGUGA